AUGGGUAAGCAAGGCUUAGGAGAAUGUAACAGCAAUGGAGAGAGACUGUGCACUUUCUGCCAAGAAAACAACUUGAUAAUUGGUGGAACUAUAUUUAUGCACAAAGAUAUCCAUAAGACAACAUGGAACUCCCCAGAUGGACAUACGAAAAACCAAAUUGAUCAUGUCAUCAUCAACAAAAGAUGGAGAAGUAGCCUCCUGGAUGUGGUUGCAAAGCAAGGAGCAGACAUGGGAAGUGACCACUCAUUAGUACUGGCUAAAGUCAAAUUGAAGCUAAGGAAAUCAAGGAAGAAAGAUCAAAGACCGCCUCCUAUUAACAUCCAAAAGCUUAAAGAUCCAAAAGUUAUGAAAUCUUUUCAAUUGAAAGUGCAGAACAAGUUUGAGGCUCUUAUGGAACACCCAGAUGAAAUUGAUAUAGAAACAUUUAAUGAGAUACUCUUAGAAAAUGCGCAACAAAUACUUGGCCCAAGAAAGAGGAAAAAAGAGGAAUGGAUAUCAGAGAACACAUGGAAAAUAGUAGAACAACGAAAAGAAAAGAAAAAGAAAAUCCUGUCCACUAAAUCAAAGAGACAAAAAGACCAGCUCCAAGCAGAAUAUCGAACUAUAGACAAAGAAGUUAAGAAAAAUGCAAGAGCAGACAGAAAGGCAUACACUGAAAAACUAGCUAAUGAAGCAGAACAAGCAGCUUCGAAACAAGAUAUACAAACCCUCUAUCGUAUCACCAAAGCACUAGCAGGUAAAUUUCAGACAGCAGAUUUACCAGUAAAAGAUAAAAGAGGGAAUGUCUUAUCCAAAGAAGAAGAUAUACAGAAACGAUGGAAAGAACAUUUUGAGGAAGUGUUCAAUAUAAAUGAUACAGGAAAUGAGGUCCUGAUAACAUCAGCCAUUAACAUACUGGACAUUAAUACAGAUCCACCCAGUAUAGAAGAGGUAAAAAAGGCAAUAAAGAGAUUAAAAAAUGGAAAGGCUGCUGGCAUUGACCAGAUAAAUGCAGAGCUCCUCAAGGCCGAAGAGUACUGGACACCUACCAUCUUGACAAAUAUUCUACAGAACAUCUGGGAAUCAGAAGAGACACCAACCUUCUGGAGAACAGGCCUUAUUGUAAAACUUCCAAAAAAAAGGAGACCUUUCCAACUGCAACAACUAUAG